UUUCCAUAAACUCCAUCCCCAAGCCCUCUCUCUCUCUCUCUCUCUCUCUCUCUCUCUCUCUCUCUAAAAAAAUGAUUUUUAAUCAAAUAAAAAUAAAAUUAUUUUCCAUAAAUUCAGUGUUCAUAAUCUCCGUCUUCCUCCUCGGUUCGUUAAUUUCACCAGCGGGAACCGACGUCGUCCGGCGAUCACAGCCACCCGUUCGUCGAGCUCGAUAACUGUUGCCCCAGAUGCAAGCCAAGCCCCGAAGCUCGAAAGAAUCUGAGCCUCCACGGGCUAACAUCUCCACCGUCACCCUCGACGUCGUCUCCGCCUCCUCGGCCGAGCUGCGAGGUUUGGACUGAGGCGUGCUCGGAAGCUGUUUUGAGCUUCGCGAAGCUACCGGAGAACAUGGAGUGGCUGAAGACGGUGAGGCGGAGGAUCCACGAGCAUCCGGAGCUCGCUUUCGAGGAGUUCGAGACGAGCCGGUUGGUUCGGGAUGAGUUGGACCGGUUGGACAUCGGUUACCGGUUUCCUUUGGCAAAGACCGGAAUCCGAGCUUGGAUCGGAACCGGCGGUCCUCCGUUUGUCGCCGUCAGAGCUGACAUGGACGCUCUUCCAAUUCAGGAGGCUGUGGAAUGGGAGCACAAGAGCAAAGUAGCCGGCAAAAUGCAUGCUUGUGGGCACGAUGCGCAUGUGGCUAUGCUAAUUGGCGCUGCCAAGAUCUUGAAGAGCCGUGAGCACCUUCUCAAGGGAACUGUAAUAUUGCUAUUUCAGCCGGCGGAGGAAGCCGGUAAUGGUGCAAAGAGAAUGAUCGGAGAUGGCGCUUUGGAGGAUGUGGAGGCCAUAUUUGCAGCUCAUGUAUCCCAUGAGCACCCAACUGGCGUCAUCGGAUCAAGGGCUGGACCUCUCCUAGCCGGCUGUGGCUUCUUCCGAGCUGUUAUCAGUGGAACCACAGGCCAAGCUGAAAGCCCCCCCAUCUCUACUGACCCUGUUUUGGCUGCUGCCGCAGCUGUCAUCAGCUUGCAGGGCAUCGUGUCUCGCGAAUCAAACCCUUUGGACUCUCAGGUUGUUUCUGUGACUGCAUUCAAUGGAGGCGAUGAUCUUGGGAUGAUACCAAACACUGUGGUACUUGGCGGUACUUUCAGGGCUUUCUCCAACACAAGUUUCUACAGAAUUCUUCAAAGAAUUGAAGAGGUAAUUGUGGAGCAAGCAAGCGUUUACAGAUGCUCAGCAACAGUAGACUUCUUCAAAAACCAGAACACCAUAUACCCACCAACAGUGAACGAUGAGAAAAUGCAUGAGCAUGUGACCAAAGUGGCCGUCGACUUGCUGGGCCCCACUAACUUCAGGGUGGUGCCACCCAUGAUGGGGGCGGAGGACUUCUCAUUCUACUCGGAGGUCAUCCCUGCCGGCUUCUUCUACAUCGGGAUCAGGAACGAGACCUUGGGUUCCACACACACAGGUCACUCUCCUUAUUUUUUCAUUGACGAAGAUGUUUUGCCCAUUGGGGCUGCAACUCAUGCCACAAUUGCAGAAAGGUACCUCAACGAGCGGUCGCGGGUGAUCACAGACGGGUGAUUUUAAGUAAAUCGAGCGGCUAGGUCAAAUAUUAUUGAUGAUGUUGUUGUCUCAAUUAGGCACAAGGAAUCAGUGAUUAAGAUUUGUCCCUCUUUUCUUUGGUGUAAAGGUAUCUAGUAGAAGAAUCAUGUUCUGCCGAAUAAUUUUGUAAGUUGUAGUAUAUUUAGGAGUGUAAUAUUCACAUAUCCCUUUUUACUUGUCAAACACCCUUCUAACUUUCGACUGUCAGAUCAAAUGAAUUAAAGAAGAUCAAAUGACAGAUUAACAAAGGAUGUAUGAAAAGUAAAAAAGAGUGUGAACAACACAUUCCUAUAUUUAUGUUAA